UGCUGCACACACUCACAGGACGUGUUUGUAUGCGUGUGUGUGUGCGCGUGUAUAUGUGUGUGUGUUUGUAGUUUGUUCACUUCUGUCUUCACUGCAAACACACUGCCUGCUCUCAUCGGAUACACUUCCUCACCUAGACCUCCAAGUUUUACCUGUUGAUUUUUUUGGGGGGGAGUUUAUUAUUGUGCUCGGGAGAAAGCUCGAAGAGGAGAUUGAACGAAAAGAGAGAGACUCUAAAGAAGAAGGAGAACAAACAGACAAACCUGGAGGAGGAAAAGGGCGUUCAUACUUCGAAGUAACCAUGGAAGUUCCUGGUAUGCAGAGUACUCAGAUCGAUCCGGAGGAGCUGUUCACCAAAUUGGAUCGCAUUGGAAAAGGAUCUUUUGGAGAGGUGUUCAAAGGCAUUGAUAAUCGCACUCAGAGCGUUGUUGCCAUUAAGACGAUUGAUCUGGAGGAGGCUGAGGAUGAGAUCGAGGACAUCCAGCAGGAGAUCACAGUUCUCAGUCAGUGCGACAGUCCCUACAUCACAAAGUACUACGGCUCCUAUCUGAAGGGCAGUAAACUGUGGAUCAUCAUGGAGUAUCUGGGUGGAGGUUCAGCGCUCGACUUGCUCCGGGCGGGUCCGUUUGACGAGUCUCAGAUAGCCACCAUGCUGAAGGAGAUCCUGAAGGGGCUCGACUACCUGCACUCUGAGAAGAAGAUCCACAGAGACAUCAAAGCUGCCAAUGUCCUGCUGUCGGAGCACGGUCAGGUGAAGCUGGCGGACUUCGGGGUGGCCGGUCAGCUGACAGACACGCAGAUCAAGAGGGAAACCUUUGUGGGAACGCCGUUCUGGAUGGCUCCUGAGGUCAUCCAGCAGUCUGCGUACGACUCAAAGGCUGAUAUCUGGUCGCUGGGCAUCACCGCCAUCGAGCUCGCCAAAGGCGAACCUCCAAACUCGGACAUGCAUCCGAUGCGAGUGCUGUUCCACAUCCCCAAGUCUCCUCCUCCGACGCUGACCGGAGACUUCUCCAAGAGCUUCAAAGAAUUCACCGAGGCCUGCCUCAACAAGGACCCUACUUUCCGUCCGACAGCCAAAGAGCUCCUCAAACACAAGUUCAUUGUCAAACACUGUAAGAAGACGUCCUACCUCAGCGAGCUGAUCGACAGGUACAGGAGGUGGAAGGAGGAGGGGCACAGCGACAGCAGCUCCGACGACUCAGACGGUGAGUCCAGUAAUAAGGAGAACAGCGAGUCCCCUCAGUGGACCUUCACCACCGUGCGCAAGAAGAAGACGGAGGGCAGGAAGGUCCUCAAUGGAACGGGUCAGGAUCAGCUGAGUAAAUCUGCCAGUCUGACCACAGUCAUCUCUCCUGUAUUCACUGAGUUGAAGCAGCAGCACAAGGAGCACUCUGAGCAGCGACUGGCCAUUGAGGAGCUGGAACGCAACAUCCGACUGGCUGAAGAAGUCUGUCCAGGCAUCACGGACAGGAUGGUCACGCACAUUAUUGCCAGGUACCAGAAAUUCACGACCAACUGAAGGACUCGAAAAUGGAUCGGAAAAGGAAGUACGUUAUGGGGGGAGAGACUGUGUCUCCGUACGGUGACGCUGCUGGACGAUUUGGAAACAGAGGAGAUUUGCUGUGCGAUGUCUUCUCGCUGUACACACACAUCUCACACACAUACACAUACACAUGCACACACACAAACACAUACACACACACUACUAAUGUAAUAUAUACACUAUAUAUUAUAAAUAUAUAUUCACUGCUGUUGGUUGAAGACCUUUUUUCUCCCAAAGUUGGAUUUGAAAGACAGCUGCAUUUUUUUUAAAUCAACUUGUGUGAAGUUUCGAAAAACAAACUAAGAUGUCAGUUGGAUUUGUGGUUUUCGUUUCUCCUUUUUUAGGGUCUUGAACUUCUCUUUUUGCUCAAACUUAAGUCUUUUUAAGUUAUGUUUGAACCUUCUAAAUUACCAUAAUGUGCCUUAAUUAUUUAUGCACUCAUUUUCUAAAAGUAGACGUCACUUUUUUAGUGGAGAUGUUUUCGUUGAAACCGCACACAGAAAAAAAAUACAUAUAGAAGAGGGUUCUUGUCCAUCAGCAGUGGUAUGUUCUGUGUCAUGAUAAGUCUUGAUUUUGUAGAUGUCAAUAUGUUUGUUCAGUAGCACUUGAGACAGAUUAUAUGCCAAUAUUACAUAUUUUUUGUUGUCCUCAGAAAUGCUUUGAAUUACAGUUCCCUGAUCCCGGAAAUCAAUCAAUGUCAGAUCUACCCUGUAAAGCCUAACACGUGAAAUUUUCAGUUUUCAUAGUUUAAUGUGGUCGUUGUAGCUCUGAUUUUUAAAGCCAUGGGAAAUAAUAAAUGUUACUAAUAAUGUUAUCCACCACUAGAACAGUUUUAGUUUUGCUGACAGAUUCAUAUGGGAAUUAUUUUCAACAUUGAAGGUGACCCUAAUAUUAAAUACACUUGAGAUAUAUAUUUUUUUUUUUUCAAGUUUCCCCAGUAAAAAAAAAAACUUGCCAAAAACAAACAAUAAAAAUAUUAGGAAUCUAGACCUUUUAGGGAGCUACCAGACUCUCACCCAGCUAGUGGCUUCCAAACAAUUAAGCUAGCUAGCGAACUGCUGUUGUAACUGUUUCCACAAGAACUAGCUAAAUUUAACUAUUGAAUAUGCCUAAAAUACUGAAGUUUAUUCAACAGUAAAACAACGUUAAGAAUCUAGACCCAUUUUUUAUUUCACUUGUGGGAGACACCAGACUCUAGUCCGGCUAUGCAGCUAGUUUUCUAACGAUUAAGCUAGCCAGCUAACUGCUGUUGUAACUGUUUUCAAAAUAACCAGCUAAAUUUAACUAUUUAAUAUGCCUUCAAUCUUCAAGUUUAUUCAGCUGUUAAAACAACGAUUUUAGAAAUCCAGACCCAUUUUAAUUCACUUUUGGGAGCUAUGAGACUCUAUUCUGGCUAGUUGGUCGCUAACAAGUAAGCUAGCUAGCUAGCUAACUGCUGUUGUAACUGUUUUCAAAACAACUAGCUAAAUUUAACUAUUAUAUAUAUGUCUAAAAUCCGCAAGGUUACUCAGCUGUUAAAACAACAAAAUUAAGACUUGAGACCCAUUUUUAUUUCACUUUUGGGAGCUAAGACACUCUAGUCCAGCUAGUUGCUUGCUAACAAGUAAGCUAGCUAGCUAACUGCUGUUGUAACUGUUUUCAAAAUAUUGUCUAAAAUCCACAAGUUUAUUCAACUGUUAAAACAACAAAAUUAAGAAUUGAGACCCAUUUUAAUUUCACUUUCUCUAAGGUCUCCUACGAGACGUUAGUCUGGCUAGGCAACUAGUUUUCUAACUGUAGAAACUGUUUCCGAAGUAACUAGUAAAAUUUAACUCUAAAAUACAUCUAAAAUCCUCAAAGUUAUGAAAGUCAUUGCUACUUAAGGUGAAGUUACAACUUCAAUGUUAAAAAUGGUUGCCAUUAAAAUAAAAUCUGUGUCAUUUUGUGUUUGGUGGCACAACCAGUAGCAUUACCCAGUCAUUAGCUUAAUUAAAAAUGAGUGGUCUAAAUGAAUAGUUGUGUUGGUCUGGAUGAAACUUUACAGUUGGUUUAGAUUUCCUUCUGGGAUUCAUGUUUUGGGAUGUGUGUAGUUCAAAGUGUCUGAUUGAAAUAAGAUUUCAGUGGAAAUAAUAAAAAAGAAACAUAUUCUCGGAACUGCAAUCAAGACACAACCACACAAAGGUCCUUCACCCGCGCGUGAAAAGACUGUCCUUUUUCACUAUGCAGUUUGGGAAAAUGUUGAGAACUCAGAUCUGAUUCUUAACAUAAUGCUUGAUGUUUAAGGACAUUGUUUUUAACACCUAUCAUUGGAAAGGUCCUUUUCAAGAGCAUGAAGGGAGCUGUAAUCAAAGAUAUUACUGAUAGUUUGUACCAAAGACACUAUAAAACUUGGUCAUUGUAUAUUUUCGUCUUUUAUAUAUCAUAAGGGAUACGACAAUGCUUGUUGAGGGGGGAAAUGUAAAAUGAAAGAUGUAAGAUUUUACAUAAGUGUACUCUGUUUUUUUUGUAGCGGGACUUAGAGUUUUAUGAAUAAAUAUUUAAGUUUGAUUGAGAAA